AUGACAAGUACAAUGGAAAUUGCCGUAUCGUAUUUUAAUCUCCGUUGUCAUGUGACAUAUCUCAAUGCCCAUCAACCUCUAUCAGUGUCCACCAAUCCGGCAUAUAACUCAUUGGAGCUGACCGCCCUCCAUGAAAACCCCACCCUUGUCCUUUCCUCACCGGCCACAUCUUUCCAUCACCCUACAUCCAAACCAUCUGUUCUGUCAAAUGCUGCAACAAGAACUCUCAAUCAGUCCACUGUUCGUCUGUCACCGACACCACUAUGUGUACCUGCUGUUAAAAGGUCAAAGUCCCUCCAUGAUGGACAUGGUGGUGUACAGACACUUGCAAAAGUUCUUUCACCGCAAGAACUGCAGGACGACUUUUCCAGUGAUCUAUGCAAGCUGCUCAUCUCGUUAAACACAGCUUGGACAGCAGCAGAUAAUCCCACAUUCCAUACCUUUGUUCACAAGUGGGUUGGGCCAGAAGUUGUUGUACAGGAUCGUCGAAUCAUGUCAGGCCAGGUGCUUGACAACAAGGUCAGAAAGGUGGAGAAUAAGCCAUAUCUUGUCCAAACCCACAACAUAAUGCAUGAUGCGAAGACAGGUGACCACCUGUUGAAGUUGGUACUUGAAGACAUCGUCUUGAUGGAAACAAAAUAUGGUGUUAUUCUCAUCGCUUGGUGUACAGAUGAUGGCCCUUAG